ACCGCGGCUCGGAGAGGAGUCGGCUGUUCUCGCUGGUCUCGGUACAGCCACUUAGAGAAGAUGACAGAUUUGGUGGCUAUUUGGGAAGUAGCUUUAAGUGAUGGUGUUCAUAAGAUUGAAUUUGAACAUGGGACCACUUCAGGAAAACGUGUUGUCUAUGUUGACGGAAAGGAAGAAAUAAGAAAAGAAUGGAUGUUUAAAUUAGUGGGUAAAGAAACAUUCACUGUUGGAGCAGCCAAAACAAAAGCUACUAUCAACAUUGAUGCAGUCAGUGGUUUUGCAUAUGAAUAUACUUUGGAGAUCAAUGGAAAGAGUCUCAAGAAGUAUAUGGAGAACAGGUCAAAAACAACCAACACUUGGGUACUGAGCUUGGGUGGUACGGACUAUAGAGUUGUUCUAGAAAAGGACACUAUGGAUGUGUGGUGCAAUGGUCAAAAAAUGGAAACAGCGGGUGAAUUUGUAGAAGAUGGGACUGAAACUCACUUCAGUGUUGGUGAUCACAGCUGUUGCAUUAAGGCUGUCAGUAGUGGAAAACGAAAGGAAGGAAUUAUUCAUACCCUUAUUGUGGAUGACAGAGAAAUCCCAGAGGCUGUGGAGUAGCCUCUAGUUAACUGAUUAUUGUAGGACUAAGUUCAGAAAUUUUCAAUUACUGUGGUAAUUAUUUUAAUAUGUACUACUUGGUACAUCUAGUUUGUGCUGGGUUUAUCUGUAUAUGAAAUUAUUCUUUUUGAGGACCAGAUGAAAAUAAUUAUAUACAACUUCUUACAUUACCAGUUUUUAAAAAACUAUAUAUAUAUAGAAUAUAUAUUGUAUCACUAAGUGCAGAAGACACUGUUGAACUUAAGUAGAAAUUAUAUACUAGAAAAAAUCUUGCUAUAAUAAAAUGGAAGAUAAAUAUUCAGUAAGACUGAAUUCCUAUAAACUGCAGGUGUAUGCGGAGGGAGGAGGAAGCAUGUGCUGGGCACUCAAGUAAACUGUUAAAAGUUUUCUCAGUAGUUAUUUUUUCUAUUAAACUGACUACCAACAUUUUCAGAUGCAGUGAAGAAGAGUUACAAAGUUCAUUAAAAGGUUAUUAAUGAAAUACAUUGUUACCAGUACUUGUGUAACAGUUUAAAAUAACACUGCAUUAUGAAAACUGUUCUUUAUUCUGAGUAGGAGAAAUGAUGUUACAUUGUGCCAAAAAAAAAAAAAUUCCUUCACGUUUUCUGAAGACUGAUGCUUGUUAGAAGUUGUUGCACUGGGUCAGAAACUCUGUACUGAGUUUUUUUAAAAGAGAAAACAGGAAAAAAAAAAUCCUGCCACAAAACUCCUUUAGAAAAUGAAACCUCUUGAAGAAAGCUGGAAUAAGAACUUAUUCUUGUUCAAUGCUGUCUAACAAACCUUAAAUCUACAGCUGUGUGUCUUCCUGGCAGUAGUGCAUGAAUCAAGAAACAUGAGGAAAAAUGGGACAGAAAUAGAGGAGAAGAACUAGUUGCAUAAAUGGAAAAGUUAAAAUAGAUAUAGACUAAUUCUGUUGUCAAACUUCCAGCAUACUAUCUAAAAGCAACUUUGGGAUUUCUGUGAGAAUGAGACUUGUGUUAGCUGGUUCUUACAAGUUCACAGGGGGGUUUGCUCAUUUAACAUUACACUAGAGCAUAUAAGGCUCACACACGACAAAAGCUACCCUCUUGCAACAAUGUAGACAUAGCUAAUCUUAAAAAUAAUUUUAAAAACCCAAACCAAAUAUUAAUAUUUUCAUUUAAAAGUUUGUUUUGCAAUGGUUAAAAAAACAAUUUCCACUUGCAACCUCACUUUAGAGUUCAGAAUUAGACUUUUAUAACUUAAUUUGUUUUGAACUUGUGAGUGGUUCCUAGCACUAUGACUACUAUCUUGGGAGUUGCAGGUACAGUACAAAUGUGCUGGGAACUCAUUAACAAAUUAUUCUGAAAAGUUUUAUUAAACACUAAUUUCACGUAUGGUUUAGGGUUCAAGCUGCUCUCCAUUAGCACAGUGCUUUACAUAUGCAUGAAAUGCCUUUCAUAUGGCAAUGUUGUCGUUUUUUUAAUAGUUUUAUGCAAGCCCUUUUCUCACCAGAUAAUGACAGUUUUAACCCUAGGUGACUUUUCAGUCUAGCAGCAGACCUGAUAUUGACAGAUAGGUCUUUAUUUCUGUAUAACAGCACUGUUAUAAGCCAUUUGGAUGUUUAGUUAGGACCAUAACUGGUAGUUUUAAAUGCUUCAGAUUGGAUAAAUCUGCUAGUAGCUUUUAGUUCAGGGCGGUAGAUCUGUUUUAAACCCUGCUAACAUCAGAAAUAGUUUCAGGCUUUAGUACAGAAAGUUUCAAAGUACCUGAGAGCUGGACUGAAUCUCCUUUUACAUUGAAAUGAGCAUAAUGGCUCUUAAGCUUUUCCAUUUACUGGCUUCAGGUCACUACAGAAGCAACAUGGCAAUACCUAGCUACAAGGCUGACACUGUGAUCUUUAAAAGAUAUUGGUAAAUGUAGAUUAACUAAAGAGCAAUUUCAAGCUGUAGCUUGAACCAGUUCCCUACUAUUUUGUAGCCUUUCAAAGAGACUGAACACAUCUGCGAAAUCUGAAGCUCAAAUACAGUCCAAGUCAUGUUCUUAAGACUAUAUUGAAAAAACAACAGGUCAGCUGAUAGUGUUAUUCAUGCUUUUUAUUUUGAAUACAUGUAUCUACAAUGCUUUGAAUAUCUUAACCAAUAAAAACUGUAACAGCAACUACUAUUAGAAAUCAUGAAGUAUUGCCUCACAUUUGUUGUAACUGUGUGUAUUUAAUGGCAUGUCCCUAAGUGGG